ACGAGCACAGAGAGCGGCGAGCGCUCCCGCAGGGCUGCCAAAGACCACGCCUCUCAGCAUUCCCGGCAUGCCGCGCCGGCCUUGGGCGGAAGGCGGAAGUACGGGGACUUCCGCUCGGCGUCCUACGCGUGCGGUGCGGUCGUGUUUGUGCGGUGAAGCAUGGCCAAGAGCUUACGGAGUAAGUGGAAACGGAAGAUGCGUGCUGAGAAGAGAAAGAAGAAUGCCCCAAGAGAGCUCAACAGACUGAAAAGUAUCCUCAAAGUUGACGGUGAUACUUUAAUGAAAGAUGUCGAAGAAAUAGCAACCGUUGUGGUACCCAAACAGCGCCAGGAGAAAACGCAGUGUGCCGAGGAAGAAGAAAAGGAUGACAAAAUGGAGACUGAAAUUAAGAGAAACAAAAAGACUCUUCUAGACCAACAUGGACAUUACCCAGUGUGGAUGAACCAGAGGCAGAGAAAAAGACUGAAGGCAAAGAGAGAGAAAAAACGGGGGCAAAGCAAAGCCAAGGCAGCCAAGGGCCUGGCCUGGUAGUCCCUUAAACGGGAAAGUAGGCUGGGCGGUGUUGGUGCACGGCAGAGGCAGGCAGAUCUUGAGUUGAGGUCAGCCUGGUCUACAAAGCAGAUGCCAGGACAGCCAGGACUGUCACAUAAAGAAGCUGUCUUGCAAAAAAACAAAACAGCAACAACAACAAAAAACCUGGAAAGUAUUCUUGAGACAGACGUUUGAUUGUUAGAAAUGUCUGCACUGAUUUCAGCUCUCACUAAAUGGAAACUAUGUUUUCAUAUUUUAGUUUGGUCUUACAUCUGUAAUUCAAAACCAGAGUAAUUCAUUUGUUUGGGGGAACUCGAAUAAACUGUCUUCUGUGAUGAAAGAAAAUUGCAUGCUGCCUAAUGUUUCAGUAUUAUUGUCAGGCACCACAAUCUUGUGAGCAUUGCUGUGGUUAUAAUUAUAAUCACUGCCUCAGAUUAAACAUGCUUAUACAAACAAAAUUUGGACAAAAGCUAGUGUAUUGUCAUAUCUUAAGAUAGGGUCAAGGCUCUGAAGAAACGGCUCGGCAGUUUAGACCAGGUACUGCUCUUGCAGAGGACUCCUGCUUCAUGUUGAGUGGCUCACAACCAGCUCCAGGGACCCACCCUCUUCUGGCCUCCACUGGCAUCUUCAUUCAUGUGCGCAAGCUCCUCACACAAUCACAACUAAAAAAUAAGUCUGGAGAGAAAGGAUGUCAGUGGAUCUGGAUCGUACAAGUAGUGUUUGCUUGGGGUUUUUAUUUUUAUGAUUCAUAAUAAAAGAUAUUUUGUGUGUA